AAUUGAAGCAACACACACCAAACCGGAAGUGAGGAGAAGGAAUGAAAGGGAAGUGUUCGCCUGGCUGCUGUAGGCCGUCAUGUGACAGAGCUUAAAGGGGACGCGACUGUUGUGCGAGGGCGAACUGCUCGGGCUUUGCUCCCAGAAGAAAGUGGAGAGGAAAAAAUCAAGGGAAAAAGUCAAGGAAAGAUUACUGCGAGUGACAUACCACAGCCACUGCACACAGAAUCAGCUAUCAUUGGGAUCUGGACGGUACAUUUUAUUACAACACUGACAAGAUGGCAGAUGAUCUGAAAAGGUUCCUGUACAAAAAGCUACCAAGUGUUGAAGGACUUCAUGCAAUUGUAGUGUCAGACAGAGAUGGUGUACCUGUUAUCAAAGUUGCCAACGAUAAUGCUCCAGAGCACGCUCUCCGACCUGGUUUCUUGUCCACAUUUGCACUUGCAACAGACCAGGGCAGCAAACUGGGGCUUUCCAAAAACAAGAGUAUCAUCUGUUACUACAACACGUAUCAGGUGGUUCAGUUUAAUAGAUUACCUUUGGUAGUGAGUUUUAUUGCUAGCAGCAAUGCCAACACAGGAUUGAUUGUAAGCCUGGAAAAGGAGCUUGCACCCUUGUUUGAAGAACUGUGGCAAGUUGUGGAGGUUUCUUAACUGUACUCUCGUCUCCAAGAUGCAGCAUCUCUUCAAUACCAAGCAAGAGGAAAAGAUUCAGUCACUUUCAGGAACCCACGACGUAACAGGCGUCUUGGGGGAAAUUGUAUUUUCUCUUUCUGUUUCUCACAACAACAACAACAAAACACCUUGUACAUAGUGCUAAAUCUGAAGUGCAAUGCCAUUGUGUUUAUAAAGCAAGACUGGGCAAGGCAGCUGUGGCUGCAUUCAUUAUACUGUGGGGCAUUGUGAAGACUAUCUGUCUAAUGACUCCCAUGGAGUUAACCUCAGGCAUGCACUGUGCAGAUCGGGGGGGGGGGGUUGUCCAACAUAUAACCCACAGUUCCCUCACUGAAUAGGCAAUGGAGCUUCUCUGUUUCCUAAGCUACCACUACAUACGCGAGGGAAAGGAAAUGUAUCUUGGCAAUGAAACGUUCCUUAUAUUUGCUCAGAAACAGACUAUUCUGAGAGGAAAUUUUGACAGCACCAACAUACAAUCAGAGAUUCUUGCAUUUUUGUUUGGAUAGAAAAAUACUAAUUGCCAGAAAAUUCACUGGCCCCCAUGUUCCACAGCUAUAGGAGGAUGGAAGAGGGCUGUGCCCUCACAAUGAGGCUGCAGUAGCUGUGGAGGAGGCUUCUUUCACCUCACUGAGCAUGCAUGGAGGUUUUUGGUUCCCUCCCUGCAAAAGUCUUUCUGACUUCCAGAAAUAGGCUCCCAAAGGUCCUCGGGGACCAAUUUCUGAAAGCCAAAAGAGCUUUUGGAAGCACAGAGGAAAAGCAAAUAUCACUCCCCUGUGUGCACACUUGGAUGCAGAAGAAGCUGCUUUCCCAGAUACUCUGCAACUUCCUUACAGUGGGACAGCUGUUCUCCUGCAGCUGUGAAAUAGAGGGGUCACUGCUUUUUAACAGAUACGUGCUAGAUCUGUUCAAUAUCUCAUAGCUUCAUAUCUUAUACAGAGUGCCCAAUCAGUGUUCUUUCUCCACUUCUUUUUUUGGUAAAACAAAAGGAUAUCUAUUGUAUCCCCAUUUUUCUUUGAUGUCCAAGUACAUGAAAUUAUGGCAUUUUGCUAGCUCAUUUACCCUUGCAUGCUCCUAAGCCAAUCUAAAUAAAACAUAAUGUUUAUAAAA